UCAGAUACAAAUAAUAACCAAAACUCAUUAGAAAAAUCAAAGCUAGAUAGAUCCAUAUUUUGAAAUCAAGAUGUCAAGUCAGAAAACAGUUGCUGUAAUAUUGGUUUUAUGCAUGGUAAUGACAACAACAUUACAUGCAAGUGAAAUCGAUGAUGUUUCAUGUUCAGAGGCAGUUUCAUCUCUGUUGCCAUGUCUACCUUUUCUAGAAGGUUCUCUUCCAGCCACACCAUCUGCUGACUGUUGCACUGGAGCUACUAAUUUGUUCAAUAAGGCUAACACAACUCCGAUUAAGAGAAGUGUCUGCCAAUGUCUCAAAGAUGCUUCUACUAAAUUUGCAGUUAAACCAGACAGAGCUGCUCAAUUUCCACAACUUUGUCACAUUAAUGUGCCUUUUCCAAUUAGUGCUUCGGUUGAUUGUAGCAAGAUUCAAGUUGUUAAUAAAUCUUGAAGAACUUCAUGGAAGAGUUUUUAUUUUGUUAAGAUUAUAUCAAUAUCAAUAAGCAAUGUGAAAAUGAAAUUUAUAAAUGAAAAAAUAAAGUCAUAUUUUUAGUAUCUA